CAUCAAGCUGUAUGUAUGAGUGUUCAAUAAAAAAAGCCGUUCUAUUAAUCAAAUAUCUUUUUAUCCUCUUGAAUCGAACAAUUCGAAGCAUUUUUUAACGUCAAUAAAAUGCAUUGAUCUAAAAUCUAAGCAACCUGUCAGUUUAUAUAUAGACAAAAACCUUUAAUAGGAGGUGACGUUGUCCUCGUUCCUUAUUUUACAUAAUCGUGAAGAUAUCCAUAUCGCGCCAUUCCCUUAAUAAGUAAAAGUCAAAGGUACAACUCUUGUGCUCCAAACCCUUUUUACGACUGUUCUAUCCUUCCCGAAAUAAAUCACGUGACCGAAGAAUAGCUGCGCUCUUUAAUUCAUUCGGAGUAGGAAGGGGAAGAAAGGAGGAAAUGAUUCAGUAAUUCAGAUGGAUUUGCAUAGAGCGCACGAAUAGAGAAAAUGAAUCAAUCAUAUGUUUAACAUACAUACAUGCCACAUCAUGAGUGACGAAGACUGUAUAAUAAAAACUGUUAUUCAUGCUGGAACAAAAACUAUCAAUUUUAUACCAGGAACAAAGGUAAUAUUUCAUUUCAAGACUAUAAAAUGUGAUUUUGACAAAACAUUGAUAGACGACAGUAGGAUAAUGGGAAAUCCAAUGGAACUUGUACUAGGCAAAAAAUUUAAAUUGGAAGUGUGGGAAGCAAUUAUACAAAAGAUGGCAUUGAAUGAAGUUGCCUGUUUUAAAGUACAUAAAAGUCUAGUGACUGCAUACCCUUUUGUUUCUAAAACACUAAGAGAAGCUGGUAAGCCGCAAUCAGAAAAGCGUAAUCAUCAUUGCUGCGGUGUUACUCUUCAGAAUGAAGGCAUUGGUUACGCUGAUUUGAAUGAACUUAUAAAGCAUCCUGAAGAUCUGGAAUUUACAAUAGAGAAAUAAAAAAAAAAUUUCAAGAUGAAGUUAGUAUCAAGAAAUGUAGAUAAAGAUGGAGAAGGGAGCGUAGCUCUUGUUCCUGAAAAUACAGAGGAUAUGUGGCACGCUUAUAAUCUAAUUAGCGAAGGAGACUUAGUAAGCUGUUCUACUAUUAGAAAAGUGCAAAUGGAAUCUGCAACUGGCAGUUCUAACAGUUAUAGAGUUAGAACUACUCUUACAAUAAGCGUAGAAAAUAUCGACUUUGAUACACAAGCAUGUGUUCUAAGGCUUAAAGGUAGAAAUGUCGAAGAAAAUAAAUAUGUUAAGAUGGGGGCAUAUCAUACAUUGGAUGUCGAACAAAAUCGAAAAUUUACUAUUACUAAACCCAAAUGGGAUUCUAUUUCUUUGGAAAGAGUCGACACUGCAUGCGAUCCUGCUCAGAAUGCUGAUGUAGCUGCUGCAAUUAUGCAAGAAGGUAUAGCGCAUAUUUGUCUGAUAACAUCCAACAUGACAAUAGUUCGUGCAAAGAUUGAUCAAGUUAUACCAAGAAAAAGGAAAGGAAAUGUUUCACAACAUGAAAAGGGUUUGACACGUUUUUAUGAGAGCGUUAUGCAAGGCAUAUUAAGACACAUCAAUUUCGAUUUAGUGAAAUGUGUUAUCCUUGCCAGUCCUGGUUUUGUGAAAGAUCAGUUUAUGGACUAUAUGAUACAGCAAGCCGUUAAAUCUGAUAAUAAAAUUAUCUUAGAGAAUAAAAGUAAAUUUUUGCUAGUUCAUGCUAGUUCAGGUUUUAAACAUUCAUUAAAAGAGGUUCUGGCUGAUCCUGCUGUAGUAUCUCGAAUUUCUGAUACUAAAGCAGCAGGAGAAGUAAGGGCUUUAGAAACAUUUUAUACCACUUUGCAAAUGGAUCCUGCCAGAGCAUUUUAUGGCAAGAAACAUGUCGAGAAAGCUAAUGCUGCUCAAGCAGUGGAAAUUCUACUUAUAUCAGAUAAAUUAUUCAGGUGCCAGGAUAUUGCACUGAGAAAGGAAUAUGUGGAGCUAGUUGAAAAUGUGAAAGACUCUGGUGGAGAUGUCAAAAUAUUUUCAAGUCUGCAUGUCUCGGGUGAACAAUUAGAUCAAUUAACUGGUAUCGCAGCCUUAUUACGUUUUCCUAUGCCAGAAUUGGAAGACGAAAGUGAUGAGGGUAAUGAUUCAGAAGAUGAUUAGGUAUAUGAUCAAUAUAUUAACAAUUUUUUGUAUAUAUAUGUGCUGUGAGCAAUCAAAAAUAUUACAAUAAAAAAAAUAAUAGUGUUUGUAUUUAUGUCGCAAAUAUAAGGGAGUCUUGUAUUUAA